AUGGAUCCAAAUGCUGCUGCUCUGGACCCAGAGUCCUGCACCUUUUUUAUUUGUCCCUCAUGUACUCGGUGCAGCUCAGUCAGGACUGGGAACCAGUGCACUGGAUUCAAGCAUUUUGUUGUUGUUGUUGUCGUGGUGGUUAACAUCGGGAUUCUGAUAUCUGUGACCAGGAUCAUAUCUCGCAUCAGCGGAGAGAAUUACAAGGUUCAUGGAGACGCCAACGCAGUCCGGCUGACCGUGAAGGCUGUGGCUGUGCUCCUGCCUAUACUUGGGAUUUCCUGGAUCUUUGGUGUUCUUGCAGUUAACAUUCACUUUCUGCCAUUCCUGUACACCUUUGCUGUAUUCAACUCUUUACAAGGGUUCUUUGUCUUCUUGUUUCACUGUCUUCUCAACUCUGAGAUCAGAGCUGCUUUCAAGCACAAAACCAAAGUGUGGACUCUGACCAGCAGCUCUAUGCGAAACGUCAACGCUAAACCUUUCAGCUCAGACAUCAUGAACGGACAUAAGGAGGGUGUGACUCCCACCAAGAUGAACAUGUGGGACAAAAGCUCCCACUCAGCCCAUCGUAUGGAUCUGUCCGCUGUGUAGACUUCUCUGUUUCUGUCUGCAGUGGGAGGGCAAGCUGAGGCUCACCAAGCAGGACCACAAACUGAUCAGAGACUAUUCAGACUCAAAGGACUGCAUCCUAUCAAGAAAUACCCCACUGCAUUCCCAAAAAUGAUGAAUAACUGCGAAGAGGCUGAAGAUGAGGCUGCGAUUGUUCAGGGUCCGGUCUGUGGACCGACCGCUCUAAAGUUUGACAAAAGACACACCGCCACGUCUGUAGUAUUGUCUGCUGCCAACUUGCCAAUCACCUUGCUUUGACUUUCCAUUUUUGUUCCAAACAGUCAAAUUUUCAAAAACUGUGUGCUGUGUGUAUGUGACGACGUGCACAGGAAUCAAAUGUGAUAUAUAUAUAUAUA